AUGCCACCAAAGAAGAUCGAACCAAAGAAACCCGAGCUCAAAAAGCCAGAGCCUAAGAAAGAUGCAGCUACAGCUGCUAAGCCAGCACCACGUCCAGAGCCACAGCCUGAGGCACCCAAGGAGCCCCCGUUUGACCCCAAGAGUGUCAAGGUUGAGUUCACCCCUGAGCAGAUUGAGGAGUUCAAGGAGGCCUUCACCUUGUUCGACCGCACAUCCACUGGAGAAAUGAAGAUCACAUAUGGUCAGUGUGGGGAUGUGAUGCGAGCUCUGGGCCAGAACCCUACCAAUGCAGAUGUGCUGAAAGUGCUUGGGAAACCACGGCCAGAGGACAUGAGCACUAAAAUGGUGGAUUUUGAGACCUUCUUGCCAAUGUUCCAACAUAUUUCCCGUGCCAAAGAUCAAGGCAACUUUGAGGAUUUUGUGGAGGGGCUCAGGGUUUUUGACAAGGAAGGCAAUGGCACCAUCAUGGGAGCAGAGCUGCGUCAUGUGCUGGCAACACUGGGAGAGAGGAUGACAGAAGAUGAGGUGGACAGACUGAUGGCUGGACAGGAGGAUGCCAAUGGAUGUAUCAACUAUGCAUCCUUUGUAAAGCACAUUCUCUCUGGGUGA